AAGAAGCACCCAAUUGUAAGUUCUAACUCUCUCUCUCUCCAAAUUUCCAAUCUCUCUCUCUGGCUGUGGUACCCUUGCUCCGGUCCCUUCUGCCUCAGUUCUCGCCGCCGGUCCCCGCCGCCUCACCUUACGCCGCCGGUGCACCCCUCUGCCUCACACCGCCCCUGAAGCGGCUCGAGCAAGAAAGCAAGGUUCCUCGAGAUCUUUGGCUGUGGAACAUCCUUGCUCCAUGGAUUGUAAUCUGAGUUGCAUUCGGGCAUCUCACCUGCCACUGUUCUCCCCCAUCAAUUUCAGCAUUUAGUUCCUGACUCACCGUUUCAGUGGUGAUAUAUUUUUUCCAUUCACAGAAUGGGUGUUGAAAAUUACCAUGUAAUCGAGCUUGUUGGGGAAGGCUCUUUUGGUAAAGUGUAUAAGGGGAGGCGGAAGUACACAGGCCAGACUGUCGCGAUGAAAUUCAUUAUGAAGCAUGGAAAAAGCGAGAAAGACAUUCAAAAUUUAAGGCAGGAGAUUGAGAUACUAAGAAAGCUGAAGCAUGAAAAUAUCAUUGAAAUGCUCGACUCAUUUGAAAGCCCGCAGGAAUUUUGUGUUGUUACAGAAUUUGCACAAGGCGAACUCUUUGAGAUCCUUGAGGAUGAUAAAUGCCUUCCUGAAGAGCAAGUUCAAGCAAUUGCAAAACAGUUGGUAAGAGCACUGCACUACUUGCAUUCCAACCGUAUCAUCCAUCGUGACAUGAAGCCGCAAAACAUCCUUAUCGGAGCUGGAUCUGUUGUGAAGCUCUGUGAUUUUGGGUUUGCUCGAGCAAUGUCAACAAACACUGUUGUUUUGCGGUCAAUUAAAGGCACGCCUUUGUACAUGGCUCCAGAACUGGUUCGUGAACAACCCUAUAAUCACACUGCAGACUUGUGGUCAUUAGGAGUGAUACUGUAUGAGUUGUUUGUUGGCCAACCUCCAUUUUACACUAACUCUGUUUAUGCACUGAUUCGGCACAUUGUAAAGGAUCCAGUUAAAUAUCCCGACAACAUGAGUUCAAGUUUCAAGAGCUUUUUGAAAGGAUUGCUCAACAAGGUACCUCAAAAUCGACUCACAUGGCCUGCUCUUCUAGAACACCAUUUUGUAAAAGAAACUUCAGACGAGCUGGAAAUGAGGUUGUUUCUUGUUCCAAAAAGAAAACAAAAUUGUGUAGCCCCCAAGAGUAGCCCAGUUGGCAAGAGCUUGGGGUCUCUUGGGCAUACCGUAUUGGAGGUCUCAAGUUCGAAUCUUCGGGAGUUACAUGCUACAUCUGCUGCAACCACCAGGGGGUGCAAUCCUACUUGGAGAGGAGAAGGAAAUGCUGGUUUUGCUUCAGCCAUUUCUAGUCCAGGGGCUGGUUUCCAAGACAAGAGCACUGCACAUCCUAAUGCCAAUGCUCAACUUAACCGUCCAAACCCAUUGACGGAAAAUAAUAAUUCCUUGCUUGAGGAGUUCCAAGGGUUUGUUAGUUCCAAUGAUGUUAAACAGUCAGGUUGCCAGACGUUGGACAAAUUAGAAGAUAACUCUCGCACUUUAAAAGGUGCACAAGUCAUUAGCCAAGACACUGAAGCAUUAACACAUAUUUUGCGACAAUUACGAAGAUGGACCGAGUUGUCCAAGGACUCUAGCAGGGAACAAAGUAUACUCAAUUCAAGCCAAUCAUUGAGAAUUCUUUCGAACUUAGCUGCUUCUGGAGUCAUCCAAUGCAGUGGGCGAUUUGAUGAAAUUAUAUAUGAACUUCUAGUGUUCAUUGGCGUUGUUGUAAACUUGAAAUCGAUUGAAAUUAAUGAUUUAAUAAUAAAGAGUUUCUCAAUUGUUAGAACAUUGGUGAGUAAGUCUGGAAGUAUCACGGGAAGUUUGUGCUUAAGGCAUUGGGUCACUUCAGUGGAAAUAUUUGCUCAGGUUAUAUGUUCUAGUGGAGAUUCAUCUGGAGAAGUUGUAUGUGAAUCCAUUGCUUGUGUUGCUGUUAUGUUGUCUAAAGUAGCUCAAGGUCUUAUAGCAUCUUCUUCCAGUUCAGGUCCUGAGGUAGUUGGUGCUCCUAAUGACACGUUGAGAAAAAUUUUGGAUCAUGCUAUGACAUCUGGUUUGGUAGAUCAUUUGUGUCUUUGCUUAGCGACUUCAGGAGCAAGCCUUAUGUCAGGUUCUUCAGCUCUACUACGAGCUGCUUGUGAAGCAUGUAGAGCUCUUUGGUUACUAAUAGAGUCACUCGAGGUUCUUUUUGUGAAAGAGGACACUUAUUCAUUUCCCUUGAAUGCUUUUAGAAGUCAUUCUCAACUUAAGCUUGACAUUAGGGACCAUGAAAGGGAAUCUUUCCAAGGAUCAGAUUCAACAAAGGUUGUUGAUGCAGUGACCAGGGCAUUUCUUAAAUCAAAUGCAAUACAGGUUUCUAUUUACUAUUGCCUCCACCAACGGCAUGAAGCUGCCUUGUCUUCUUGCAUUCAGAUUCUGCUGAGAUGCUGCGUACAUAAUGGAAUUGUUCCAGCCGUUCUUUGUGGUUUGCCCAGUUCCCUCCCUGUAACUACUGUUGUAAGUGGUGGAGGGGAUGGCACUAUAGUUGGAGAGAUAUUCAAUGUACUAUCUUUAUGUACUUCAAUUUUAAAUAAAGAUUCACAAACAGGUGAUACAAGUAACUUGAAGUCCAAGCUAGUCAAUCCUUCUUACUUGGUUAUGCAUUCCUGCCUCUUUCUUGCUACAAUUGCUCAAUGUUUAAAGUCGAUGGGCAGAAAUUCUGCAUUAUUUAUGUUGACCACCUCUCCAAAAAAGCAACACUCACGACUUACAGUUCUUGCCCACAAUUUUUCUUCUGACGACAAAAUAAGGAAUGCUGUCUCAUCUCAUUGUGCAUCAGCCAUGUUAGCUCUUGCAUCCAUUCUCUCGCUUGAAAUUGGAGCUUCAGUCGAGUCUUCAGUGUCUGAAAUAUCUAUUCCUCUGAUUCCCAGAACGGCAACAUUGUGUGAUUAUCUCAAAAUUUCAUCACCAGGCAGCAAUGAUGGGCAUGCAAAUGACUAUAAUGGAGUCCUUUCACACUGGCAUGGCCUCAUGGAUGGAUGUGUUGGCUUAUUAGAGGCUAGGCUGAGGUGGGGGGGACCUCUAGCUGUUCAACAGUUGUGUGCUAGUAAUAUACCUUUCCUGCUUAUUGAUAUGCUGGCCACAAAUGGUUCAAGUGCUCCUCAAGGAAUAGAUGUCAAGAACAAUCGAGUAGGGCUGUCACCCAUUGGGCUUGUAUGGACUGUUUCAUCAAUAUCCCAUUGCCUUUUAGGCGGGUCUUUGACUUUUCGUCAGAUUUUAAUUAGGAAUGAUAAUGUCAAACACAUGUCUGACUUGAUAUCUGAUGCUCAUCUCAAGCUUGUAAGGGGCUGGGGUGGGCUUGGUGGAGGCAAGAGUGGAAUCAGAGACGUAAUAAAUGUAGUAAUUGAUCUUGUUGCAUUUCCUUUUGUUGCUGUACAAAAUGGCCCAGGCUUGCCAUCUGCCACUGCUUCUGUGAAUAGUGGGUUCCUACUCAACAUGGGUUCACCAGGGGGAAGAGUUUGCGUGGAAGACAAGGAUCUGCUGAAAGCAAUAGAGGAAGACUUGGGAAAAUAUAUUAAAAUUCUUUUGGAGGUGGGAGUUCCUGGCAUUGUUGUUCGAUGUUUGGAAUAUUUGGAGUUCAAAGAUAUUGAAAGGCCUGUUGCAUUUCUUGCUAAAAUGAUUAGCCAUCGACCUCUAGCAGUUCAACUUGUGGGUAAAGGCCUGCUGGAUGCAAAUAGGAUGCGUAGGCUGCUCAACACUUCAAAUACAAGAGAUAUUUUACUGGAUAUUUUAAUGAUUGUUUCUGAUCUAGCUCGAAUGGAUAAGGCAUUCUAUGAGUACAUCAAUGGUGCAUCUAUUUUGGAGUUCUUAAAGGAAUUUCUUUCACACGAAGAUCCAAAUAUACGAGCAAAGACUUGUAGUGCCUUGGGGAAUAUGUGUCGGCAUAGUCCAUACUUUUAUGCUUCCUUGGGAAGAUAUGAAAUAAUCAAUCUUCUUAUUGAUAGAUGUGCUGAUCCAGACAAACGCACAAGAAAGUUUGCAUGCUUUGCUAUCGGAAAUGCUGCCUAUCACGAUGACACGUUAUAUGGAGAACUCAGGAGAUCGAUACCUCAGCUAGCAAAUUUGCUGCUAUCAUCCGAAGAAGACAAAACAAAAGCAAAUGCAGCAGGUGCACUAAGUAACCUUGUCCGCAACUCCAACAUGCUCUGCGAGGAUAUUGUUUCUAAAGGAGCGAUCCAGGCUUUACUGAAGUUGGUAGCUGACUGUUCAGCAGUGGCCUUGAACCCAAGCAAAAAAGAUGCAGCAAAUGAGUCUCCUCUCAAGAUAGCCUUGUUUUCCUUGGCAAAGAUGUGCGCACAUGCACCCUGCAGACAGUUCCUUAUUUCAUCGAAGCUGUUUCCGGUGAUCGGGCAGCUACGACAAUCCCCAGAAUCAACAAUUGCCAAAUAUGCCUCUGUAAUCGUGAACAAGGUUGCUGAAGCUUGAACCUUCCACCUAUCUCAUUCACUCAGCCUCUUAUUACCGUCGAAGUGUCAUUGUCCAUAUAUGAAGAACCUAGUUCUUCAAUCAUAUCUGUACCAAAUUCUUCCUUUCGAAAGAAAAUAUUAUGCGAGGAUCCGAUCCAACAACUAUCUAAAAUGUUGGUGAAGCUUACAAGAAUGCUUGAAGCUGCUUGUGUAAAGGUCAGUUACUAUACUCUUUACGCGUUUAUAGAGCCAUAGUUCGAAUGUACAGUCUGUUUAUAGUAAGACUUCCUCUGUUGACUAAACAGCAGUAUCAUAACCUAUCAGCCUUGGUUCCACUUGUAGCUCAUUGUGUAAAGGAAGACACAUUAGUUUCUAAGUUGGCUGUUAGAGACUUGGUCAAA